ACUCACUAAUAUAAAAAAUCAUCAAAGCUUUUAAUAAUGUGAUAUAAAAAAAAAAAAAAAAACAAUAAAUAAAAAAGGCAAAAUGAAGUCCAUGUAUAGAUUUAUAAUAGUUUUUUUUAUAUUAAUAACAAUAUUAAUUUUUUUAUUUACAAAAAAUCAACUGUCAAAUAGUGUUAAAAAAUUAAUAAAUAAAAAAUUAAUAAUAUCAACAACGACAAUUAAAAUACCAAUAAAACAAUUGGAAAAAGAUAAAACAGUAACAAUAUGUGUUGUUGUUUGUGGUGAAAGAAAAGAUGAGGCCUUGACAAUGUUAAAAUCAGCAUUAAUAUUUACUCAUGUACCACUUGAAUUUAUUGUUAUAACUGAGGAUAAUCUUAUAAUUGAUUUUGAUGAAAAAUUAACUGAUUGGAAGUACAAAACAAAUAAAACAUUUACAUAUACUAUUAAACCAAUUAAAUUUCCUGAUCAAAGUGAUGUUAUAAUGUGGAAAAAAUUAUUUAAACCAUGUGCAGCUCAACGUUUAUUUUUACCAACAUUAUUAAAUACAACAGAUGCAAUUUUAUAUGUUGAUACUGAUACAUUAUUUUUGGCACCACCUGAAUAUAUAUGGGAUGAAUUUAGUAAAAUGAAUUCAACACAAUUAGCAGCAUUAAGUCCUGAACAUGAAGAUCCAAAUACUGGAUGGUACAAUAGAUUUGCUAAACAUCCAUAUUAUGGAAAACUUGGUGUUAAUUCUGGUGUUAUGCUUAUGAAUUUAACAAGAAUGCGAGAAUUUCGUUGGACAGAUUAUGUUAUACCAAUUCAUAAAGAAUAUAAAUUAAAAAUAACAUGGGGUGAUCAGGAUAUUAUUAAUAUUAUAUUUCAUUAUCAUCCAGAAAGACUAUAUAUUUAUUCAUGCAGAUAUAAUUAUCGUCCUGAUCAUUGUAUGUACAUGUCAGUUUGUUCAGAUGCUGAAAAAUAUGGUGCACUUGUACUUCAUGGAUCAAGAGGUACAUUUCAUUCACAAAAACAACCACCAUUUAGAUCAGUAUAUCGUGCCAUGCAAAUGUAUCAAUUAGAUACUGAUAAAUAUGAUAAUCUCUUUUUGCCAAUGCAACAAUUUUUAAAUUUUGAAGAUACAUCAAAUUGUGGAAAAGUAUGGAAGGUUUUUAUUAUACAACCAGAAAUACAUUUAUCCAAUAAUUUUAUUACAUAGUUAUUAUCUAGCAAUAAUAACAAUAAGUAUUAAAAAUUUUAUAAAAGUAGAUAUAUUUAGGAUCUAAUAUAGAUUGUCAAUUUUUAUUAAAUGUUAUGCUCAAUAAUGCAAUCGAAAUUAGUAGAUGCUUGACAAUACUAACUGUUUAAUUUUUGUUAAUUUUAUAUUCAGUAUAUAAUUAAUUAAUUAAUUGAUAAUAACAAGAAAAUAAAUUAUCAGAGAAAUCUGUUAAACAGCUGUGAUGUUUUAGGUACUCGUAAUUUUUUUUUAAUUUAAAAAAAAAAAAAAAAAAAAAAAAGUAUUGAAAUAUGUUUUUUACACUGUUAGCUGUAGGUUUUUUUUACAACUGAUUUACAUUUUUUUUUUUAUACUUGAAAUAUCGCAACAUCAUUUAAUUUAUUAUGAUGAAUUUUUUUAAAAUUUGAUAAUGAUAAUAAAAUGACUAUUGGUCACAAUAUAUUCUUGUUUCUUUUAUUUUAAAAUUUUAUUUAUUGGGAGUUUUAGUUUGAAUAAUAAAAGGUAAAUUUGUAGGUACAAGUUUACUGAUAUUAUAAUGAUAAUUAAAUGAUAAAAGUAUAGAGUGCAGAGAGGAGAGAUGGAGACAGAGUUAAAAUGAAAAAAAAAAAAAAAAAAAGCAGAAAGAGUAACAGGUGGUGGGGAAAUAUGAACAAACUCUCACGAUAGGGUCAUCAAGACUCAAGUCUAACUAUCAAGCUCGUUCAUUGUGCUCCAUAUUUUUUAUUUAGUCAUAAUGUUUAUAAUAAAAUAUUAUCUUUUCCGGCACAAGUUAACACUGUAAUUCGUUAUCUAAAAAAUUAUUUUUUUUCUUUACUAUUAACCAAAUGAAUAGACUAAAAGUACAUAUUUAUUUUAAAUAUUAUUAUCAAUUUAAAAAGUGUAAAAAAAAUAAUUGAAUUCUUAAUUUAAAUAAUCAUUUAUCUUAGUUAUUAUUUUUUUAAUUUUACUUAUCAAUGAUAAUGUUAUUGUCAAUUGUGAUAUUAUAUGACAAGUUAUGAUUAAUAAAUAAUCAUCCAACGAUUGGAUUUAAUUACCACAGUAAAAAUAAUAUUUUUGUCGACGUGGAGAAUUUUAUUUUGCUGCUACUGAUAACUAGAUUAUCUGAUAUUUAUUUUAAAUAUUUAUUAUUGUUAAAUAAUAUUCAUCAAUAACAUCAAGUAUCAGAAAUCUUUUUACGACUCGUCAGCAAAGCCUUGAAAUUUUACUGAUAAAGUAUAAACAGUUAUCGUGCAUUAUGUUGACGUUGAAAAAAUAUUAAAACUUUUGGGAGAUAAGAAGAGAAAGUUUUCAGAA